CGGAACCCGCAGUCGUGGUGACAAAGCCCAUGAAGAAGGACAAUUAACUUGACGAAAUAUUUUUUUACUCCGAUAACAUCAUCGCUGGUUGAUAUUUUAAAUAUAUUGACCUGAGUGAAAGUUUGUGAGUGAGGUAAGUGGCAGGGUGUCGAAAGGAUCAGCCAGGGGAUAUUGUUAUAUACAUAUCUGUAUUUAUAUCUGUAUAUAUUUACAUAAUAACAAAGGAGGAAGUGUGAUCGAUGAGAAGCGCGGUCGUGAAUUCGGUUCACGAGUAUGUAAUAUGAUAAGACGUGACACGACGGGCCUGAGUGUCCGGGUUCGGUUGAAGAGAUGUUGGAGUGGUUGGCGCAAUCUGGAGGCACUCGGUUGAUCUGUCUUAUCAUUGUCUCAUGGGUUCUCCUGGGACACCAGGUCCAAGGGGGCCCCGACCCCCCGGAGUUUACUACUCGCGAAGAUGUAUCGAGUCGUGGGUUUAAAAAAUUUGGAGAUGAGUGCAAAGAAGAUCGUGAGUGUGGAUUCGAUGGGUCGUUUUGCGAUCCCAAAAGUAAAAAAUGCUACUGCAGAGAAGAAUUUCUUGUUACAAAUCAUAUUGACAAGUGUGGACAUCCCGCCAAUGUGAACGAGUCGUGCUUUUUUACCGAACAAUGCGAGGAAAAGGUAUCGCAGACCGAAUGCCGGGACGGACGAUGCAUCUGCAUAUUCGAGAAAAUUCCAGUUAUGCAGCCCGGUGGAGUUUUCGAGUGUAUUGCCGAGGUGAAGGAAGAGGAAAAUUUGCGGUACGUCGACCCAGCGAUGAUCGGGAUUCUCGUGGCAAUGGCUCUCAUGUUCAUAAUAAUCUGCGUGGUGCUGAGGCUCUUCAGCAAAGCGCGCUGGCGUGAAAACCGUACAAUAUUCAACACUCCAAAUGCUCGUCUGAUGAACGUCUCGCUGCUUCGUGACAACAACAAGCUACUUCACGCGCAGGAGAGACGAGGCUCGAGAGCGAGUCAACGAGGACCCUCGAGGCAACCUUCUAUGGCAUCUCUGAGGGCCCACUCACCCAAUGGCUCGCAGCAAGGGUCUCGUACAGGAUCACGCCGGGGAAGUCGAGGUAGCAGUGGGAACGCGUCCUCAAUAUCAUCAGCAAUAAGGGUCAACAAAUCACCGCCUCAUCAACCCAACACCCUCAAUGAUCCGGUCAUCGAGUGCGUCACCGUCGAGAUCACCGAGGCCAAAGCGUAGAGGAAUCCUCAUCUUGCCAGCCAGCACCCUCAUCUGAAAGCAUUCAUCGUGCUCUUUUUACUUAAAUUAUAGGCUACAGUAAGGUAAGAGACCUAGUACCCGAUCAGGGAACCAGUACUAGAUCACUUGAUGUAUUUAUAAAUCUAUAUUUAAUAAAAAUCAGUGAAUAUAGACAUAAAAAUGCAUGAGUAAUCGGGUACUGGUUCCCUGAUCAGGUACUGGGUCUCUUACCUUACGUUGUUUUAUAUUUUUAGCUUUAAAUCGUGUGUUAGAUCUCACGCUACUGCCCUUUAACUUUUAUUGUCCAACCAAUCAAUUAAAUUUCUUUUAAAAAAAAAAUAAUAAUUACACUUUUUUAAAUUAAAAGGGCAAACUCACUGUAGCUAUUAAUUAUUAUUAUUAAAUACUUUGAUAUAAUAUGACGAAAGUUUUUUUGUGCCGUCUCUUUAUAAGCUAAUGAAACCAAGUAUUAUAUAUAAUUAAUUUAUAUAUAAAUAUUACUAGAUAUUAUAUACUAUUAUCAAGUACAACGCUUUAGAUUUAUUCGCAAUCUCUCACGUUGGAUGAGUUAUUUAAAGUAUUAAUGACAAUCGGGUCUAGAUGAUAACUUAGAUGCGCAUAAUUUAAAUUAUUCAGUAUCUAAGGAUUGCAAUGAGAUGUGAACUAAGAAACAGGGCGCGCGAACGGGGACCAUGCGAUUAAAAUUUGAAUUAAAAACAACAACAACAUCAAUAAUAUAUACAUGUAAUUAAAUAAUUACUCUCCGUAACACGUGAUUCUUUACUGACGUUAUUAUUAUUAUUAAUGUAUUUAACUAUUUGAUAUUAACUCGUUUCUAUCACUUAUCAAAUUUUAUUAUCUAAUACGAGGUGACAGAAAAUUUAGUCUUGUGUCAAACGCGAUAGCUAUAAAAAUAAAAAUAAAAAUAAUAAUUAUUAAAAAUUAAAUAGAGUAAUGGCGCAAAGAAAUAAUUAAGACACGAAAUGUAGGUGAAAAAAAAGUGUAGUGAUAACUUUUGAUCUUUAUACACUUGGAAAAAAUCUAGUGAGAAUAUUUAACAAAAAAAAAUAUAAUAUUACUAUGAUCAUUAAUAACGAGAUAAUUAAUAAUACAAAUAUUUACAAUGCACGUUAAUAAAUUUACACAUAAGAUUUCUAAUAGAUUCCUUUUUUUCUAUAAACUAUAUACCUGAUCUAUGGAGUUAGCUACUAACAUAUACAUACAUUAUAUAUUUAAUAUUUGCAUUGAUAGCUAUUAAGCAAGUUUGGUCCAAAGAAUAAUAACAAGAUAAACAAAAUGAUGAAAUGAUGAAUAGGUAAGAGAUUUAUCUCGUUGAAUACUUUGCAAUUUAGUGCCUACGCUGUUGCGCAAAUAUCAUUACGAAUAAAUAUUUAAAAAACCAUUUAUUAAGAGACCAUCAAACAACAUGUCUAUCAAAUAAUAAAUAAACUUAAAUAAUAAUAAUAAUAAUUUAAAUAAAUAAAUAAACAUUAUCGUAAUAGAUGGAGAAUAAAAGUUGUCACGGUGGUGACGAUUUUUGUUACUUAUUGUCUCGGUUUAAAUGUGUCGAUUAGGCUUAGCAAUUGAAAAAUGCCUAGCGACUGUGCUAUACUCUGUGAUUGUAUGACGCUAUCAUUAAUAACUACUUUAAAAUAUUAAUAGUUACUAUUAAUUAUUAUUAAAGCAACAAUUAAUAUUUCUAUCUUACGAACGAGUCUUUCUUUUGAACUCGAAUAAGCGCACGAUUAGAAUUAAAUGGACAAAUAAAAACCUUGAACUAAAAAAUAAUAAUUAUUAUUACAUACAAGUUAAUGUAUAAGAUAAUCAGAGUUAAUGACGGUUAACAAUAGAUUGAUGAAACAUAAAAAAAUAAAAUAAACGACCGGUCUGAUUGCGAAGAAAAAUUUGGGGAAGGUUUUAUCUUCAUAAUCAGGAGGCGCGUCGUUUUUUUAAAAAGUUACCACGAUAAUCGACCACACACUAGAUAAAUUUAUAACAUUUAAUUACGUUGGUGUAUAAGUAUUUAUAAACAACGUCUAGAUCAUUUACUAAUAUCAUCUAUAGAUGAAUAAUAAUAAUUUUAUUAUUAUUAUUGAUAUAAUUGAUAAUAAAUAAAUGAAGAAUUAAUCUCUUGGCUUAGAGCAGAGUGCCCGAAGACACUCCCUUUUCUACCUCUUUUUUACUCUCUAUAUUAAACUUUAAAACUUUCGUACAUUCGACUGUGCUCUAAUUAUUUAAUUAUUUAUUAUUGAUAUUAUUAUUAUUGUUAAUAUCAUAAUGCACAGUCCUAUCAUUGUAUCGUUUUAAGGAAACCUAGAGAGUUAUUAGCUUGGCAUAUUUUUCACUUAUAAAUUUUCAAAACCAACUAAAUAAAUGUAUUACAAUCAUAUAUAUACAAAUAUAUAGAGGCGAGUGGGUGAUUAAUUAUUCGAGGGGAUGGUAAAUUUUAUUGAUGAAUUGGACGAAGGGUAGUCCAGCUUUGGGGAAGAGCUUGGACUAUCUUUCGUUACAAAAUCAGUUUGUCGACGCUAAUGUGUGAUUAAAUAUAUGGAGAAUCGAUAGCACUUAAAAAAUCAUCAUUAAAUCAAAAACAAAAAUUAAAAAAAUGUAUUUAUUGAUAAGUUACUAUUAAAUAUGUACGAAUCGCUUAAAUUCUAGCUUGUUUCAAUAUUGUUAAUUGUUUUAAUUACAAUUGUCGCUUGUGUUUGCACAUAAGUUCAAUUGAGCCGAUUUUCCUACUGAUUGUCGGAUAUGUAUUCUACUGAUUUUUUAAUUAAUUGUGUAUUUAUUGGUAGACAUAUUUAUAGUUCGCGUUGAUGUAGUGGAAAAUAUUUGUUUUUUUGAUUUAAAUGUUUUAUAUAAAGUGUUUAAAAUAUUUUAUCGAAUUAUUGCGUACUUAUGGCGGCUUAGAUAAACUUUAUAGUGUUUAUAUUAUGGAAAUUC